AUGGCUCGAGAUUGGACGAUACAGAAUUAUGGGUUACGAGUCAGAAUGGAAGCAAAGUGGCUCGAGCCCAGACUUUCUGGCUUUCAGGCUACAAUUUUAAGACUCCACUUGGCGCCGACAUAUGCUUUUUGCCAUUUGCCUGGACUGACAACAUUGCUCUUAUUCUGUUCUACCUCGUCCUGGCAGGAGCUCUGCAAUGUCCUCGCUGCUGCUCUUGUUCGCCAUCCUCGAAGGAAUCUGCGGCCUUGUUCUGCCGAUCAGCGACGCGUUCGGAGGAUCGAAUCUUGGACGGGAUCACAAGCACUACUACGAGGUGAGCCGGCCCGUUUGGAUACACCUUUUUCCCCUUUCCCCCCUUCGCCCCUUCUUCCCGGUUAG